GCUGGAACUCUGCCAAAGCUCGCUGAAGAAGUACAAGGUAUGAAGGCUGAUGGGACUAGGGUAUUUAGUAAAGCAGAAUACAGGAAUGACAGAGUGAGUAAAGGUCUGUCACCUGAGAACAGCGAAUGCCUAGAAGUCCUGGCCAUGGCUGGGGUUUCAGAAACCAGCUCAUUAGAUUUUUCAGAGCCUUUGAAAGUCACGGACAUUGAAUCAGCCACAGAGCAUCCACAAGAAACAAAUGAGUACAGUGGGUUGAAAGCCCAUACUGCUGUGCCAUUGAGAACAGGGGGUAACGUUGCAUCUGGUUUGGAGACUAGAGAAGAAUAGUUACCCAGAGGAAAUCCUGAUAAUGAGUUCAGUGUAUCACUUGUUAAUUGCCAGACUUAUCAGCAGGGUGAAGAAAACAAUGCUCAUGACUUCUGCACUGGUCCUCUACCUAAACAUAAUGAACCUCAUAGGUUGUCAUCUGUAGAACACUCUCCACAAAGAAUUCCAAAGUUUUAUGUUCAGUUCUGAAAAGCAUCUGUCUUCAGGACUUCAGGAAUACACCACUAGAAAACAAUAGUACUGCAGCCCAUAGAGUUAGCAAUGAAGCCCCCCAAAACAUGGAAACUCAGACUAAUUAUGAUCAUGGAACUGGGUUUGGACAAAAUCAAACCUCCGCAUCUGUACCAACAGAGCAGAUCUCAGUGGUAAGGAGCAAAGGAUUAUCUAGUGCUAAAUCUGAUACUAGGGAGGGAAGUGCUAGUGUAGGUAAGUCAUACAGGUCUGAAUCUAGAGAGGCUGUUGAAGGCUGGAGAAAAACUGCUGUGGGAGGUAGCAUUGAAGUUUGUAGCUGUCCUGAAGGUCAAGAGGGUGCUAAUUCUGAGCACUGUCAUUCUUCAGUUUUUAGUUCUGUUGCUUCAUCUCCUGAGGAGUUCUCAAAAGAAAGAUUUAAAAUGGCCCCGUCAGAUGGUGGUAAAUUGAACAAGGAGCACUGGCAGUUCUUUGUCAGUGAUCUAGGCAAGGAUGAUAUGAAAGAAAAUAGUCUAUUGAUGGAAAGGAGCAACACUGCUUCCUGUGAAAUUGAACAGACAGACAUAAGCUUUUAUAAUCCCUCCAGUAAAAUUUCUCCUCCCAGUAGCCACAGCUGUCUGGAUCUUAGUACCAAGCUAGAAAAAGGGUCACCUGAGGCACAACCACUUGAAAAGGAAUGUGAGAGUAAUGCAACAGCAGAAGAGUUGGCUGGCAGUUUAGUUGAAGCUACAGAAGCUAAUAGUAAUGACAGUUUUUCCAGUGCAAAGAAGUUAAUUUGAGUUAUACACUAAAUGUAACUCUACCUCCUGUUGCACAAAAAUCAAGAGAACCUCAUCAUAAUGAGUGUCUGCCUUGUACUGCUAAUGAAGUUUUAAGCAGGGACAUGGCUCAGGAUAAUCUGUCUGGAAAAGAAUUAGUUGGUGCUUCUGGAACAACAGGGGAGCAAGUCACUAAAAUUGUGCUUCAUAAAGACAAAUUCAAGUCUUCAGUAAGGCCCAGGACUUCUGAGAACCCUAAUGUGACAAGCAAAAUUUCCCAAAAGAGCAUGAAGUCUUCAGUGGGAGAUACACAGAGUGUGGUCACUAGUUUAGAAAACGAACAUAGUGACACGUGGGAUUGUAAUAAUCAGAGUAUGAAAGACCAGUGUACAGCUGCCAGUACUUCCUGUGUUUUAUCAGGGAGUAAACGUGGAGAUGAUGUUUUCCUGAACAGUCAUUCCUUUAAUGUUGAGGUCAAUAAGAAGACUGAGGAAAAUGAUGAUUUGGAAGGAGAAGCUUCAAAGGCACUCAUCUUUCCAAAAGCACACUUCCCAUUGGCAUGUGAAUCUCUUCCUUAUGAAGAUGUCUGGGGCAACAGAGAUGUAGAUCUGUAUGGGAUAAAUGAUGUUUCCACAGCAAAGCCCACAUUUUGCUCAGCUUACACUGCAGAGAAGUCUAUUGCUAUCUUGGUGAGAAAUGAGGUUCCAAAUAAGAAUAUGGAGGUUUUGAAUCGAUUUGGUCUUUGUAAAGUAACAGAUGGCAGUGAAAUUGUUUGUGGCAGAGAUGAGGCAAAAGAACAAGUCGGCGUGUGUGCUCUCCAGAGAGAUUAAUUUGAUAGAAUAAGAACUGUGGAUUCUUCAAAGGUUCCUAAAGGCAAUCAGAGAAAUAAAACUAGAGAACAGCUAUUAGUCAGAUAUUUGAACAAAGAAGCCUGUGUUCAUAAUUUUGGAUUUUGCAACUCUCCACUAGGCCCAAAGAAGAGAGAACUGGGAGCGUGUGAGGAGGAAGAAGUGUCAUCGCUCACAUCUAACCCCUCCAAGUACAGUGCUUCAGUCUGUGGGACGUCUCCAUUACUCAGCAACAGGAAUAUUCAAGCAGAGAAGACCUUUCGUCCAAUGGAAAAUCAGUGUCUUGUGUCUCAGAGUGAGUUUGAUGGCCCAGUUCCAGGCAGCAAGCAACAUUUAGAAAGUUUAAGUAAACUGCCAAACACCAGCUUACAAACUAAGGCUAGCUCUGUGGAAGAAACCAAAAUAUCAAUUGGCUCUAGUCAGAGCAAAGAGAUACUGUUAAAAACAGGUCACGACCUGCCUCCAGAAGCUCCUAAGUGUGUAAGAGAGGACAAUUUGCAAGGAACUCUGAAAGAGAGUGCAAUGGGUUUGGACUCUUUAAAUGGUGAGAGAAAUGAACACUGCUCAGGAGACGUGGGCUUUGUCAGUGAUCUAACUGAAGAGAAGACAAUCGAACAAAAAGAAUGCAAGAACAGAUGUGAAAGAGAAAAUAAAGGAAGUCUUGAACAAAGCUUUUCUGAUAGCAAAUCACAUUGUUCGCAGCGUGCUUGCUUUCUCAAAUGUGCAGAAGAGAAAGCAGAGCCAGUGCUUGCAGGGAACAAAAUGCAGCAAUCUUUGCCAAAGGUGAAGUCAUCAGUGGAGGAUCAGGAAAAUCCAGUUAGUGCCCAAUUUUUGCCCUUCUCAUCAGUUGCUGGGAGUCUGUCAUAUAAGCCAGAAAGUAUGAAUGUGCUUUCAGAGACAGAAAACAAGAGUCUGAGAAUAAAAUCUAUCUUAAGUAACUCUUCCCCACAGUUAACAUCUGAGCCUUGUAAAGAAACUGACACUCAAAAGGAUGUUGCUGCAUCCCAUUUCAGAAAGUUUGACAUCCAAGACUCUUAUAAUGAGACUCGGGUGGAUUCAGAAACACCAUCAUUUCUGGAUCUGGGAAUCUCUCUGCCUGAGAAAGAAAAGCAGUGUCUGUUAUCUGGGAAUACACAAAUGGAUAACUGCGAUUCAUCUGCAGCUGAAGCUUUUAGCAAAGAUUCUUCAGUGGCAAAGCAUCUUUCUGUAACAAUGUCUGGUAAGAGAAAAGCCAACAAACCCAAGGUUCUGUUGUCAGAUAAUGAAGCCAUAACCAGCUUUCUGAAUGGUGCAAAAUGCUCAAGGGUUUGUGCCUACAGCAAAGAAAGUCUGAGAGCUGAGGGACAUAGCAUGCUAAGUGUAAAAGGCAUGGAUGAGACCCAACCAAAAAAGACUCACUGUGGAGAGAAGUUUAAGAAUACAUGUGUGGAAGAGAAGAUGAGAAGAGAAGUAGCCCCUAGAAGAAACUUGCCCACAGAUUCUUUUCUUGAUGGAGAAGAUUGUCCAUGGGCCUUUUCAGAAGAUUCAGAAAAGCCUGGUAGCAAAAUAGUCCCUCUCAGUACUGAGAAUUAUGGAAAGAUUUUGGAAGAAAUCCCAAGAUCUAACUUAAAUAGUCUUUCAAAAGAAAGAACAAGUGAUACAAAGCUCAGAAACUUAGCAGGUACCAAUCUCCUGUCAGAAACUCGGCAUGAUUGUCAAGCUGAAGCUGCAUCUGAUGCAGAAACUUCACCAGAAUUGCAGUGUAAUCCAAUGCCCCCAUUUUACCCACCUGUGACACUAUCAAACAGUUCCAAAGAAUUACCCCCAAACUGUGUGGUUUGCAAUGAAGUAUGUGUGCCUUACAAAUUAAAUGCACAAAGCAAAGAUAAUGUAAAUUUGAUUACAGAAGGCCGGGACACUACACUAACUCAUUCCGUUUGCAAGGAAAAUGAGGUUUCAGGUUCAGAGAGACUUGAUCAAACAGAGAAAUGUCAGGUACCUAAACAAAAGAAGAAGUGUAAGAAGAUGAAAGAACAUCUGUCAGACAAGGCACAAGAACAGAAGUCAGAAUAUCAAGAGAAAGCAAAAAUCACACUGCGACCAAGUAUGUUGCACAGUUCUGGACUCCUAUACAGCUCUUCAGGUGACUUGGUGACAUCAAGAAAUACAAAGUUUGAAAGUCCUUCAGAAGAGAUUUUUGCUGUGGGUAGCAGUGAAAAUAAACUAUGUAGCACUUUACAAGAAGUCAAAAGGCCAAAGAUUACCACAGAUGUUAUUAGUUCACAGUUUUUGAAGACUCAGGAUUCAGAAAUGCAAAACCUGAACCUUAAUUUAGGGUAUGAUGGAAUCGCUGGUGCCUUUGGAACUACAACUAAGCAAAGAGAACCUCUUCCAUUAAAGAAACAGCCUGGAAGGACAUGCAAAAAACUUCCCACAUCAUAUCAGCUAAAAGUAGUAAGAAAAGGCAAAAAGAAUAGAAGCUCACCUUUUUUUGAGAUUCCCCCAGAGGUAUUCCCUAAAGAGGAAAACACACUUCUUGAAUCUUUGUACUUCCCAUGUAAACCACCGGCACUGGGAGCAGAAGCAGCCAUGAGGUGUGUGCAUAUGCCAAGGCAGAGGGCCAAGAGAUGCAGUUUGUUGAACAGCUUGAGACUUAGAAAAUGUACCAAAGAACCAGCACUGUUGAGCAAGCUGUCUGCCAUGGCCAGCCAGCUCCUGGCUCCUGCCAAGAGCAGCCAUAAGGUAGAACCUCUGCCACGUUCUGCUGAACUUCUUCCAGUAGGUGAGAGGUACAGCCAACGUAGGUAUAAGAAUCUAUCAGAAGCCUUUUCUUGCAUUAACAGGAACUUACAGUCACGCUGGGCUGACAGUCGGUGCACCAAGAUGUUCAGCUUUCAGCCUUUGGCACUUUAUCCUGUAGAAUCUACCAAAAUACUUUUUUCAGACUUGAGCCACACGCCUCCAACCUCUUUUUUGGAUACCACAGUUUUCCCAAUUUCUUUUCACAUAAAAUUGGACUCCAGUCCUGUGACAGACCUCACAGGGAUGACAUCCCAGCACUCUGUACGUCACGGACCAGUUUUGGGAGAAAUGCCAGCACCGCCUUUGAAGUGGACUUUCUCUUUUUUCCUGUCUCAGAGCUGUUCAGAUACAACAGCUUUCCAAGAAGAUUCCAGUGUAAAUAAUGAACUGCAUUCCUCUCUCUCUCUAACAACCCAAGGGGCUGUUGUCCUUCGUCGUGACCGGCGAAGGAACUCCAUAGCUAAAAGAAGAGGCAGUUGCUCCAUGGCUGGCCUUCACACAGUGUUAGCAAUUUCUUCCCCUGGGUGCUACAGGAUUUGGACAAGAAGAAGAAACUUAACUAGUCAUAUUCCUACCAUCCAGAGACUAUUUAUAUCGCAAUUCGCACAGGGUUUGAAAGGGGCAAGGUAUCCACCUUCUGUAUCAAAUGACCUCGUCUCUUCAUUGCCAUACUCAUUGGGCAGGGUACUCUCCAUAUGGAGUCAGCAUGGUUCUUCUGCCUGGCCUUCUGAAAUCACUCCUCUCCGUUCCAGUGAUUGCAAGUGGCAGCCAAGCGUGGGCAUCGCAAACAGCUAUGCCAUCACACCGCACUUACCUAUACAGAGUAUGGAAGCACUACAGACUGAAAGUCAUGAGAUUUGUCUAGAAACUUCAUUCCCUCUUCCAUUACCUAAGCCUUGCUCACAUCUGGAAUCAUCACCAUUGCCCCCCAGGCUUCCAGCAUGUGAACUCCAGGUCCAUGUCCUUGAUGGAGGUGAUGCUUCUGUUCCAGCCUGUCUUAUAUCCCAGGAUGACAAAGAACUGGAAAAAACUGAGCCAGAAAAGAGGCCAAAGAAAGUCUCACAAAUCCCAAUCAGGAAAACUGUUCCUAAGCCAGACCCUAACCUUACUCCAAUGGGAUUACCCAAACCACAAAGGCUUAAGAAGAAAGAAUUUAGCUUAGAAGAAAUUUACACAAACAAGAACUACAAGUCCCCUCCUCCAGCCAGGAGCUUGGAAACGAUCUUUGAAGAGCCCAAGGAGAAAAAUGGAUGCUUGAUCUCUGUCAGCCAGCAGAAGAGGAAGCGGAUUCUGGAGUUUCAGGACUUUACUCUUCCUCGGAAAAGGAAGAGACGAGGCAAAAUCAAAGCAGUGGGUAGUUUCACCCGGGCAAAAAAAGCUGCACUCCCGAGUGCAGAGUUAGAUGCUCUUCUGAGUCAGAAGCUAAUGGACCUUGACGUCUUCUUUGCGAAUGAGGCUGAACAGGAGCAGGCCUCUGAGGGAGCCAUUUAGCUGAAAAUGAUCCAGUCUUUUAGUAUUUUAGUCUUUUUGGGAGAAACCUACUGAAUUCUUCAUACGUUACUCUGCCUCUCUGCUCUAAUAUGUGAUGAGCUGGUUUUGGCUGUGGCCCUCAUUAAGGUGCUAUUUUGUGGGUUUUUUUAAUUUAAUUUUUUUUUAAUGCUAUUGAAGGGAUUCUUUUAGGUCCCUGUUUGAGUGUAACACAGCCACAUCCAAUUUACCAUUCCUUUCCCAGCCCCUGGAAAUUACUGCUAAUGUUUAAUUACAUUUAAAUACUUUAUGGGGGGUAGAGUAGGAGUGUAAAGGAGGAAGUAGCGCACCUUCAGUGAUGCUAGAACUCUGAACUUCAGAUCAUUUGCACAUUUGCGUCUGCUGUUGUUACUGUAAUGGCUAUUUUGAACAGUGACAGAAGAGAUAUGGUAUUUGAUAAAGAUAAAUUCUAGCAAACACAUUCUUGAUAUGCCACUAACUUUUUGAUAAUUAAAAGUACCUGUCUGGGUUUGCUUUCAAUUGUUUGUUCCUUCCGUUUACUUAGAUGGUUCCUUCUGAGUUUCUCUGUCCUUCCUGGCUUCAGGCAGCAGAAGCCCCACAUAACUAGAUUUUAAAUAACUUGCACUUUGUAUAUGUUUCUUUAUUUGCUGUAUGAGGACAUAUUUUAACAUGUCUGAGCUCAAAAACAAGGUAAUAUUGUAAGAAAAAAAUGUGCCCAGUACUAAUUUUUUUCCCUAAUAGUAGCGUUGUUACCUACUUGGUUGAUGGCAGCCUCUCCUCCAGAGAAAAAGGUAAUUAGCCCACGAGGAUAUUAAGCUGCAGGAUACAUAAGUAGAGAUUUUUACUAACUGAGCCGGGCUGCUGCAUGCAGGGAACACCAGCAAAAUCUGAGAUUCAUCUCUAAGUGAUUUUAAUUUCAUUAAAAAUACCAACUUGAUUUUAAUGCCAACAAGAAAAUAAAUCCUUU